AUGUCAUUUCGUUCGUUUGGAUCGUUUGGGCAGUCCCAGGGACUCGGCAGUAAUGGCUAUGAGGUCUCGCUCAACUACAUCACGGGCGUGCCAGACCCGAAUCUUCUAUCCUCCGCAAAGCUCAAGCUCGUAUUCAAGGCCCUUCUGAAGAGAGACGAUACCACAAGAGAAAAGGCAAUUGUCGAUCUGUACUCGAUUGUCGACUCCAACGGCGCCGAAUUGCAGGACGAGCUUGUGCUUAUAUCAUGGUGCCAGCUGUACGCAAAGCUGUCAACAGACAAUUCGAAAAAGGUUAGACUCACCGCGCAUCAGAUCCAGUCGAAGCUGGUGGCGCUUCUCGGCAAGAAAUACGUAAAGUAUCUGCGCGACACGGUGGGGAUCUGGAUGAGCGGGUGUUUUGAGAAUGACCGUGUUGUUUCCAAGGGCACUAUGGCGUCAAUUUCCGCAGCUUUCGGAGACUCUCCGGUGAAAACCAACAAUUUGUGGAAAAUCUUUGCCCAGCAAUUACUCAACUAUUGCCACCAGCUGCUUCUUUUCGAGACUAUAGAUACGCUUUCGGACGAGCGAUUUGUUGGCAAGGAAGAGAGUGAGAUCAAGUAUUUGCGUACGGUGCACGCAGGAGUGCAGAUGCUGAUCAGUCUGGUUACCAGACAGAAUAGCGGCGAAAUACAGCUCGACGAGACGCUUUUAUCAGAGCUGCUUGAAUCCGACCAAUUUAUCUCGUUUUUCGAGUCCAAAGACCUCCAGAUCAAAGGUGGCAUGUACACGUUGCUCCAGCGACUACUACAGACUGGGCUGGACGGUUUGCUGUUCGAACGCCUUGCCAAAGCUGCUAUCAGGGGUCUAAAUCUGGAGAAAAAAAAUACGGCUCUUUACUCCGGCAUCAUAAUUCCUAUGCUUGAAGCCGUCGUCGCGUUGCUUAAAAAGGACUCGCAUACUAUCGUUGGCAUCAGAAAGGCGACCCAACGCAUCCUCGAAUUGCUGCGUUUGGGCUCUCUGAACUCGGAUCCGCACUACUACUCGGUGGUGGCUACGCUGCUGCCGCUGCUGCCCCAGGAGGACGAGAACAGAAGCUCGUUGCUAGAGAUCCUUGAGAACGACGUCAUGUCUGAAAAACAUGCCGUUUUUUGUCAACACGCAUGGAUCUGCUACCUCGGCUACUGCGAGAGAAAUGCCUGUGGUGUCGACCGCGUGCUCAAAGUGCUAGUUCCGGCAUUGGAUUCGCGCAAACUCCCCGCCAAUGUGAUUUCUGGGAUGGCCGGCGUUGCCAAUAUUGUCGAGGACGACGGCGACGUGCUGCUAGAUCUCAAUUCUGAGAUCCUCAACGCUCUGCCGGGUCGCGCCGUGGAAUUUGUAGACCUCGGUCUAGUCGUGAAAAACACGGCUGUGUUCGUCGACAACUAUGCGCGCCUCCUGCUCCACGUCGGCUCCUAUCUGCUCGAGGAGCUGGUUUCCAACGCGGUCGAGUCGCUCACAGAUUUGCAGGACGAGUACGUGCCACCCUCGCUGGCGAUUUUUGUCAUCGAGAGCGUCGUGCGGACGAACAGUGUGCAGUUCCGCUCGCAGAUUGAGUCGUUCGUCGGCGACGCGUCGAAAGUCGUCACGCCGACGUUCCUGGAGCCUGUCUUUGCUCUGCUGGUAGACAUCGCAAAGUCCCAGUUGAAUGUGGAUGUUUACGACGCCGUCAACGACAUUGCCGCAAAACUCAGCAGCAAUGACAUGGAGCUGUUUUUAAAGUACAUUGCUGACAUUCCCGGCUUCGAUCCUGCCAGAUGCGACAAAGUCAGCACCUAUAUCCACCAGAAAUCCGACUCUGCCGCGCCCGACACCGACGACUACGUGUUUCAGUUCCUCACGCCAGAUGUUCUUCGGAACAUGUUCAGAAAGCUCUCUGAUGCCGACACGGCGGUGUUUCUGGAGAAGUGCAACCGGCACUACCAGAACGACGUUUUUCUUGCGUUUGCAGACGAAAAGUUCUUGGCUUUGCUCUGGAAACGGGUGGGCAGUGCUGAGGUCGACUCGUUGUUGGACAAACUUGAGCAAAACCUUGACGACCACGGUUUCGAGCAGCUGUACAUCUCGUCGCUUGUGAGCUCUGUGGGCGAGGCUGACAGAACCGCACUUCUGGAGAGACUGGCUGCCAAACCGCAGCUUGUCUCAAAAAUGCUACCGGAAAAUGUGGUUGACGAGCUGGCUGAGCUGGUCCAGAAUGUGGACCACCGUCUUGUUGUCUCAAAUAAGCUGGGACUGGGGGUUUAUCUUUUUCCAGCAGGGGAGCUGACUGCCGCAGACCGUUUUGCACCCUUUUUGGAGAAGAUCGAAUUCUAUUUCGGAUUGGCUUCCAGGACGGGGCUUCUCACCUGCGAGCUGGCGUUUCAGCUGGCUGUUGUAGGUGAAGUUGCUAUGGACUACGUGUUUCUAGGUCUUUUGGAUGAGGAAAACCGAACUUUCGAUUUCUGCUCACGCGUUUGUGCCGAGCUAAAUUUCGACAUAGAUCUGUUCGAGCAGUUUUUGAAGGACGAUUUUUCGGGCGUUCUGGCACAUCUUCAGUCCUCUGCUGCGAUACGCUUCUACGCUGCACGCGUUCUGGUCACGAUAUUUACGAAAUUGUUCGAAACCAUGCAAUUGUCGACAUUCAACAGCUACGAGUUGAAUAGGGUGUCCGACCCCGUGAGACUAGCCAUCCUAGCCACCAGCGCCAAUAGAUUCCUGACUGCCCCCGCAUUUGACCGUGUGCGCAACCAGGCGUGCGCCGAUCUUUUACGAAUUCGCGGACAAACCGUCACCACCAAUGGCCUACAGGGCCUCGUCAUGCUCAACAUGCUUAUAGACCUAGAUCUGGACACUGUUGGCGAAAACGUUCAGCUUUUUCCGGCCCAGAGAUUCGGCAUGAUGCUGAACGGAUUAGCCACCUGGCCAGAAUCGGAAGACGCGUACGAGCCGUCGUUUGUGCCGGUCAGAAUUGCGCUGUGCCAAUUUGUUGAGAUCUACAUCAAGAAGAUUUAUUGCGUUUGCGACGUCAACUACCCGUCCGAUUUUAGUGAGAAGGUAUUUGCACUAGGUGCCACGCUGUGCUCAGAGUCGCUAAGCAUUGUCAACUCGGGCGGUAACGACUCCGCCCUCGCAUGCUUCUCGCUCAAACUUUUUGGCGUGCUUCAUGAGCAUCAGAUCGAUUGGGAUGAGGAAGAUGUCUAUGCGGACCUGGUGGAGCUAUUGUUUGCUCCUGUGUCCGGCCAGACCGGUCAGCUUAUGCUGGCUCUGCUGACACGUGUUUUCAGAGACCAGGUGCCAACAGCAGCUUACAAGAAGCGAUUUGACGACCUGCUCGUGCUGCUCUCCUCUUCCAACACACAGGUGCAGAAAUUGGCCGUUUUCCUCCUGCAUAAAGUCAUUCCGGAGCUGCAAGACGUGCUCGUCGUAGAGGCGACGUUGAACCAGGACGAAGAAACAAAACUUCCGGCGCUGUUGCUCGAAAAUAUCGUGCUGCUACCAGACGAAAGCGAAAUUGCAACCAAUAAAUAUUUGUGGAGCUGGUACCUGAUUUUCGACCAUUUCAAAAACAUCACACAGAAAAUUCGCCAGGACUACAUCCUGGAGCUCGGCGAAGACCGUACGGGCCAGUUCCUGGACUUUUUGUUCGAUAUGGACCUCAAGCCUACAGAGGACAACCGACGCGCACUGGUGGAGUACUCCGUCAUCGAUAGUGACGGCGACGACCUGCUAUACCAUCUGAUGUAUCUGGUUUGCAAGUACAUUGGCGGGAACACUGUCCAGACCUGGUUCCAGUCGAUCAGGAACAAGCAGCACAAGUUGCAAGUUGAAACUUUCAUUGUCAAGAACGUGAGUCCGUUGCUGAUCGACGAGACGCUUGCGGGACUCGAGAAAAAGGACAGUAUUGAGGACCCAGAGUUUAGUAUUCGGCUCAACAGAACGACGAACGAGGUGCGCUGCGUGUACGAGAUCGACGAGCAGAAACUGGAGAUGUCGAUUGUCUUGCCGAAAAAUUACCCGUUGUCAACGAUCAGCGUGAACGGAACAGCAAGGAUCGGGGUGGACGAGAAAAAAUGGAAAUCGUGGAUCCUCUCGUGCCAAUACGUGAUCAACUUCCAGAACGGCACCAUUUUAGAGGCCAUCCAGCAUUUCAAGAACAACGUCAAGGCCAACUUCGACAACUACGACGACUGUGCCGUGUGCUACUCGAUCGUCCACGUGAUCGACCAUUCGACGCCAAACAAAGUCUGUCCGACGUGCAAACACAACUUCCACUCGGCCUGUUUGUACAGAUGGUUCAAGAGCUCUGGCUCAUCUACAUGUCCACUGUGUCGGUCGAAGUUCCAGUUCAAAAAACACAGCUAAUUAUACAAAUUGCUCUUCCAGCAGCUUCUCCAUCUCGUCGACCGUGAACGGAACGUACAAGAUUUCCGCUCCGGCAGAGUUUUUCGUGAGCGUACACAUUUUGUGCUCCACAAACUCUCCUAGAACCGUGCGGAAAGAUAUCUCGCUGGAAGUAAUAAAUUCCGACAAACACUGUUGGUAGAACUCCUUGAGCAGCAGGCUGUAUCUGGUGCUGCCCUUUGUGGCGCCUCUCUUGUCGAGGUCGUCGUGGCUCACGCUCAGAUCGAUUUUCUCCAGCUGCUGCAAAAUAAGCAGCCGGUACAGGUUCUUGGCGUUGGCCGUGAGCGAGCUCAAAACGUACUUGACACCCUGCGUGCCAACAAAUUUGUUGCUCUUGCCCAGUCCGAGCGGGUCCUUGAACCCGUUCUCGAUUUUGUACGAUUGAUAUGUGGUAAUGUUAUGCCAGAUGAAGUUAAAGUUGUAAUGCAUGCUGGAGUUCCAGAAAAUAGGCAUGUUCAGAUUGUCCAUGGUGCACAGAAAAUGCACCUGCUCAAUGGCAGCGAUCUCGCUCAAAAUCUGCUGCAUUCUGUCCGUGCGCAGCGCCUCGCCGUCAAUGUUGUUCACCAGCAGGACACACCUAAGGUCACGGUUCUGUGCGAAGUUCUGCUUAAUGUUGGACAGUGUUUCGUGAAUAUGUGGUGCUAUGGGAUUCUUUACCCCGAGUACGGUCUCCUGGAUCAUCGACAGGAGCGUCUUGGGACGGAAGUCUGGGUUGUACCCGUUGACAACCAGACACUUUGCACCGGGCACCGCGGGCAGAAAAUGUUGCUGCAAGAACUCAAGCACCAGAAGACGUUUUGAGCCAACACCGUAGAAAACCAGAUUGAAGCCCUGCUGCAGCUCAAACGUCCACUGCAGAAACUGGAGCCGGUAGUAAUUGCUCAAUUUUUCUAUCUGAUGCUCAGCAGACAUUUCCAGGAUUCUGCUGUAUUUUUCAUACUCCUCGUAAUUGAGCUCGGGAGCCAGAGCCAUGGACGCCGUGCCGGGCUUCUUGUUUUUCAGCUUUUGCUGCUCAAAGUAGCCCUCGUGGCCGUCGUAGAAAAGCGACUUUUCCUCGUCCGCAAAGUUCAGCAGCAGAUCCUCGGUUCUGUCGAUCUUGGGAAUUUCCAUUAGCUUUACCGUGCUCAUUUGUAGCGGCUUAAGGUCGGUUUCCUUGAGCGGCACCACGCUCGCUUCUGGCGUUCUGGAAGCGCGAGACGCUUUUUGGGCAGCCCUGCGUGGACGCCAUAUUCGCUUUCCACUGAACUCGUCGUCUGAAACACCAUCGUCAAUUUCCUCCAUCGGAUCGUCCUCGAACUCGCUGACCGAC